CCCGCCAAUGCGCGCCAUUGUUAUUGUCCAUGUGUUAUUGAGCUGUCGUUAAAGCACAAAAUUUACUCUACUUGGAAACGCCGAGAAAUCCGCUAGUUUCUCUUUAAAACUACCAAAAAGAUCAAGAACAAUGUCUUCAGAAGGCGGUCAGAAGGAUCAAGAGGUGACAAUGGUCGACGUUUUGCAAGAGGAGCAGGAACGGGAGCAAGAUGCGAACGCCGUCCUCGGCGGAUCAGACGACCAGCACUGCACCUAUUCUUCCGGCUACGUUCCUCGUCAGGCCCUCUAUCUGUGCACAACUUGCGUGGCAACCCAGGGAGAAAAUCAGACUCCUGCUGGCAUCUGUCUUGCUUGUUCGUACAAAUGCCAUGAGGGCCACGACCUUGUGGAGCUCUACACCAAGAGAGCCUUUCGCUGUGACUGCGGAAACUCAAAGUUUGAGCACAAGUGCCGCCUAGAGCCUGAGAAAGAAGCUUUCAAUGAAAAGAAUAGCUAUAAUCAGAAUUUCAAAGGAGUCUAUUGCACUUGUGCUAGACCCUAUCCUGAUCCUGAUGACGAUGUCGAGGAUGAAAUGAUCCAGUGCAUAAUCUGCGAAGACUGGUACCACACCAGGCAUCUUGGAGAGGGUGUGUCUGUCCCCUCAGAGUUUUCGGAGAUGAUCUGUGGUUGCUGCAUGGGAAAGACACCUUUGCUUGCUUCCUACGUUAACAACACAGCAGAAGUUGUUGCAGACUGUCCUUUGAAGGCUGCUGAUGCUCCUGAAGUCAAAUCAGUCACAACAUUUUGGCCUGAUGGCUGGCGUAGCCGUCUCUGCAAGUGCGAAGAUUGUCAUGUGAAGUACAAGGAACUGAAGAUUGAGUAUCUUUGUGAGGAAAGUGACAUGGUCCAAGAGUAUGAGAAACAAGGUUUGAACCAGCCCACUCAAUAUGAGCAAGGCCUUCAAGCUCUCGGAAACAUGGACAGAUCUCAACAGAUUGAAGUACUCACAGAAUAUGCUCAGAUGAAAGAGGAACUGAAGUCAUUCCUGGCAACCUUUGCCGAAGAAAAUAAGGUCGUUACUGAGGAAGAUAUCAAAGAAUUCUUUGAUGGACUGAAAGCAAGGAAGCGCAGACGUGUGGAUGGUUCCGACUUACUUGCAUAAAUUUAACCAUUGCGCUACAAGUGCGCUUCAUACCUAUCCUAAUGAAAGAGUAUUUUAGUUUUCAGGCUUGUUCAUACAAAAAUUUUCUUGAUAUCAGAUAAACCAGUGACAUGGAACAAAAAUUUAAUAGCUAUUUUUUUACAGUCUGAAAAAUGGUAUUUGAUUUCUAAAAGGCUGAAUUUUGUGUAAAAGUUAGCGUCAUGUUUCAUUUUCCAGACGUGUUGAACUAUUUUCGAAUCUUUGCAUCGCAGGAAUGGAUAUAAUUUUUGAUCUUACUUUAUAAAUAUAUGAUGCAUGACGGUUCCAGCCCUUAGA